AUGACUACUCCUUCGAGAACUCAGUUCUACUUCUCGAUAACGGCCUUUCUGCAGUGUGUCAACUUGACCACAAAAUUUGAGGGUCAAAUCCCGAACGAGUACCAGAUGAUAACCCAUGAAAAAGAUAAUGAUGGAGUUUUUAUUCGAUACAAGUACAAUCCGUUCCAGAAAAUUUUUACGUAAGUGGGACCCGGAUGCAAAAUUUCAAUUUUAUGUGCUAGAAUACAUCUAGUAAGUAGAGGACCCUAAUUUUAUGGAGUUUUUUAGUUCGAGAGUAUUUUGCUGCGUUUUUGAUACUUCCCGGACGCAAAAUGGUACGUUUUUUUGCCACCGUAUCAGGUCCGCCAUUUUGCUUCGCUGGAAGAUUCGGAAGUGAAGUUCUGAGGGAUUACAUGUGACGCAUUUAGGGCGCGCGCGAUAAACUUGAGAAAGAUUUAUCAACAUCAAAUUUUACUUUCAGUCACGAGAAAUUGGACUUGGUUGACGAAGAGACAGGCCUGGAAAAUUAUCGCUUUCACUUGGCGUUGAAAGAAGACGAGCUUCUCACCGGAGUUUCUGGAUACAAGGGUGAAAAGUAGGGCUUUAUUUUGAGAAUAUUUUUUUUGUAGGCAAUGUCUGGUUUUUGAUACUAGUCGUUCCAGAAAGUGCGUAGACUUUUUGUCGCGGUCCGCACUGUGCACAAAAUUCCCUUUUUGCGGGGUGCAUUUGACCUUUUGCACCGUGCAAGUGCACUAUCGCGGCGACGCAAGCUUUUCUCAAGGGAGCCGGCGCGACUUUUUUGAAAUUGCACAGUGCAAAAUGUUUCAAAAAGGAUCGCGUCGCGUGGGAAACAGGAAACUUGCACUGUGCGGUCCGAAAAAGGGCGGAAAAAAGUCUACGCACUUUCUGUAACGACUAGUAAGAAAACAAAAAUUGAAGAUUGUUUUAUUAGUAUGUACAGGUGGGCCACUCGAAACUGACAAGUCGUUUCUUUGAAUUUCUCCGCGAAUACUCCGCCAGCUCCAGAAAAAUCGAAAUGUUAGAAAAAUCGGCGGAGUCUCCGCGAAGAAAUUCAAAGAAACGACUUGUCAGUAUCGAGUGGCCCACCCUGUAAGUUUUUACAACAAGAAAGGGGAACAGGGGGGCCAAGGCAGAGAGCCGGCCUCUGCACGCUUCUGAGGUGACUCAUCUGUGACUUUGCAGGAUCUGCCCGGUAUUCAACAAAGUUUUCGAGGAAAAGAACUGUCGCAAGGAAACAUUUUUCGAAAUUUUGGGGCCUGAUUUGGUGCGGAUUGGGUGUGGUUCAGUAGCAUCUAAUGUCCUGUUCAAACUGAACGGAACCAAGCUUACAACAUAUAUGCCCGAAGUCCAGGGACAGUUCAACUGCGAGAGCAAGCGAGCAGUGUUUGGAGACAAGAUUGUCUUCAAAAAUAAGGGAGAGGACGUCUGCAAAGAAAUAGAUUGGGCUGCGGAUCACGUUUGGAAAGCGUCGGAAUGCGCAAAGAACGAUAAAUUCAAGUUGAAUUCAAAGAACUUCCUACUUUUUCCAUUGGUAAGUCAAAAAGAUCGCGUCCCACUUUUCGGAUCAGGGAGAGAUCGGGUCAACGACAUUCCGGGUUAACGAUACCGUUUAAUGUUUCCGCUUCGGGACUAGGAAAACAGAAUUUUUUGAAGUGUUUGAACAAAAUUUUAAAAUUGUAUGCCUCGGGAUUGGAAAAAAAAGGAUUUUUUGGAGAAUACAAAAUUUUGAAAUGUUUCCUCUUCGGGACUACACAGGGGACUCGGAUUUACUUAUAAGUAAAAUUUUUUACUUAUAUUUACCAAUAACUUACAUAUAAGUUAAAAAAGGCGGGGCUUAUUUAUUUUUACUUAUAUUUACGUUUAUUUACUUAUAUUUACAAAUAGCGGUACUUAUAUGUAAAAAACGGGGCAGUUCGUUCAUUUUUACUUAUAUGUACAUAUAUGAGCCUCGAAAAGAAAACUUUUGAGCGUCAAAGACGCUUUUUGGUUUCUGCACGCGUUGGCCGGACUUAGAAAAAUUCUAAGUUUUUGGAGCAUCAAAGAACGUAUCUCAACCUUGGAUCGAAUAAAGUAAGUUGCUUGUAGUCAGUUUUUUUUCUUUUACAGGGUAACAGAGUGCUCGGAUCAAAAGUUGCGAACGCGAGAACCUUCCCGAGCAUGGAGCAUGUUAACGUCAAACUUCACGCAGUUCCCAAAAAUCUAUGAACAAGCACUAUGAGGAAAGAAUUUGGAUGAACAACUGUGUGCUCAGACUUGGUAGGUGUUUUUUAACUGUUUUCACACUUCAUAAAACCAAAGAUUUUUCCAGACAUAGUUUUGCUAUGUUGUACUAGGUCCAGGUGAAGCCUCUACGUUUCAGAUUAUCGAAAAAUUGGUCGUGGAGGGUAGUAAAUGGACAAUGUACACACGAUCCCGGAAAAAUGGCACUCGGAUGAUUCAGGUAUGUUGAGAAUAUUCACCUGGACCUAGUGCAACAUGACAAACUUGGUGUCUCGAAAUUUCAUUGGCAAACUUGGUGAACCUAAAACUAAUUUUUUCGGGGUGCAGAAGCACAAACAAUUGAGAAGGGCUUAUAGUAAAUAUCGUCAAACGACCUUAUCUUCUUAAUUUUCUGCUAUUUUCAGUGAAUCCAGACGCAGAAAUCGCCAUAGAAGAUCCCGAAAAUAAGCAAUUGAUGCCUCAUGAGGACAACAACAGAUGAGAAACCUAUCCGGAGCACACAAGAUGCGUUACCGACUUGUAUUUGUCGUUUUUGAGAAUCGAAAUAAACGUUUAUAAUAUAAUCUGCACUGUGCUUAAUUCUGGGUUACAAAUAAGUAAAAUAUCCUUAUUGGUAAAUAUAAGUUAAUUCGGAGCGCGCCGAAAAUAAAGUUUACAUAUAAGUAAUUUCAGAAUUACUUAUAUGUACGAUUAUUUACUUAUAUGUACGUUUAUUUACUUAUAUAAACUUCAAUUUCAUAUAAGUAAAAAAGGCGUACAUAUAAGUAAAUCCGAGUUCCCUGUGUAGGAAAAGAGAAUUUUUUGAAGAAUUUGAACAAAAUUUUUCACGUUUACAUAUAAGAUACGUCUUAUCCUAACAGUUAGCAGCGGGAUAGUUUAUCUAAAAACAUCCAGAAAUAACAUUUUUACCUUACCCGAAGCGAAAACAUUUCAAAAGUUUGUUCAGUUUUCGCAAAAAUUCUUUUUUCCAGUCUCGAAACGAAAAAAUUAAACGGUUAAAGUACGCGCUUCCGUAUAACUACGUACACACUUGGCAAAAAUGCAAUAAGUCGCGUUGAGACUCAAAAAAAAUAAUUUUUGUACGGUAGAAAAAUAAUAUUUUUUUGUGGCUGGUGCCGAGAAUUUUUUUGUUUGCGGAUGGAAUGCACGAUGUUGGAGCUUUGGCGUCGUUGUAAGUUUAUUUCAUGUAUAAUAAAUAUAUUCUUUUGUUUUUCAUGUAUAUUUUUCUUGAUUUUAUCUUCUUUUCAAGAAAAUUUCUGAUUUUUUUAGAUCUUAUUUUUCUGACUCGUCAAGAAGCGUGGAUUCGAAUUCGUCUACAUGAACCCAUUGAUGAAUACGGUGUCCAGUAAUUGAAGGUAGAGCUCUUCAACUCCAUGAAACGAAUAUAAGGUCACGAUUGAAAAGCCGAAAGAUCAAUGAGGUAUGUUGUAUUGCUUGCUUUAGGUGUUUUAGGUAUCAAAAUUUUGACGUAAUGGCGUAAAAUUGCAUGUUUCUUUCAGGUUUUCACAAACCCCUUUCCUGGAAGUCGUCAACGAGGUUUAGAACUUCAUCAAGGGCACCGAAUAGAAAGAACCCAAGCAAGCCAUUGCCUUCGUUCCAAUUUAUGGAUUCAACCGGGACAAGAUUUUUUGUUCAAACAAUGGGCAGUUGUUCGUGUCCGUGAUCACCAAGAAUAUUAUAUUCAUUCCUCUAACAUGUUUAUAAAUUCGUAAAAGGAUACAAAAUAAAAGUUUACGUUGAACCCAAUUAUUUUAUUUUUUAUUGUAACUAAUUCUCAAAUGGCAAAAUGAAAAAAAAGCUGAAAGACAAUCAUGUAAACAAUGUUUAGAACACCAUUUCUGGACCUUUUCGUCAGAGAUGUCCUACAUGACCUUGCAAAGGCUUUUCGAUGUUGACCUUGCCAUCGUCGACCUUCUGCUUUUCCACUUCCAAUACAACCGUUGAAGAAGGCGACGAGACCGUUUUUCUACAUCGAAGGACUCAUCAAUGGGUUAGACCAUGUAGACGACCUCAAAUCCAUGCUUCUUGACGCGUCAGAAAAAUUCGACCUAAAAAAUCAAAAUUUUUCUUGAAAAGAAGCUAAAAUCAAGAAAAUAUACAUGAAAAACAAAAGAAUAUAUUUAUUAUACAUGAAAAAAAACUUACAACGACGCCAAAGCACCAAAAUCUUGUAUUCCAUCCGCAAACAAAAAAAUUCUCGGCACCAGCCACAAAAAAUAUUAUUUUUCUACCGUACAAAAAUUAUUUUUUUGAGUCUCAACGCGACUUAUUGCAUUUUUGCCAAGUGUGUACGUAGUUAUACGGAAGCGCGUACUUUAACCCGAAAUGUCGUUAACCCGAGCUGUCCCUGACCCGAAACGCCGUAGCCCCAAAAAAUUGUUUUUGUUUUAUUUCUAAUCUAAUUUUUGUUUUCAGAAUUACAUUCUUAUUAAAUUUUCGGAGGAAAGAUGUAUUCAACCGUAUCCUGAAGUAAUCGAUUAUUUGAACAACACCUACGUCAAGUACCUGUACAAUCCGAAGGGAAGAUCGUAAGUUCUCGCUUUCUGUGAUUUAUUUUUUUUAGAACUUCUAAGAAUGUGACGAUUGCGACGGUCGAAGAAGAACCGCUGAAUAAGGCGGCCUUAGGAGGAGGUAUUGCUGGAGCGCUGGUGUUCCUCUUACUGCUGAUAGGACUGACCGUUUUUCUCAUUCGACGAUACAGGAACAAGCAAUAUCGGUAAGGAAAGUUUUGAAAAGCAGAUCUGCGGUUUCCGAUUGAGUACGGAAAGGUCCGCUAAAAAAAGAAAAGAGGAGGGCGUGGGAGGGGUGGGGGAGGUUUUUGAUGGCGCUGAUUUCGAAAAUCAUAUAAAUUUUUUCUGAAUUCUACAAUUUUGCUUAAGCAGUAGUGUCAUUUUUGCUGUAAAGACGAAAAAAGCGUCAUAAGUUUUCUCACAGUAUCAUACAAGUUUGACAAAGUUUUUACCAAUUAAAACAUUUAUGCCCGGUAGAAAUCAGGCCCGGCCCGGUAAAAGCCCGGUUAGGGCGCGAGCUGGAAAUUUUCCUUUGAUCUUACCGGCUCUAUAGUGCUAAAAUCUGCUAAGAACUAUCCUAUAUGUAUUAUAUGUUCUAAUUUGGAUCUUAUAUUAUAACAUAUAUGCAAAAAAGUACUACAAAGUAAUAAACUAUUGUAGAACUUGAUAUACUAAAAAUACAAACCUAUCCAAAAAUUUUUCCGGCGCGAAAACAUUGAAUGCCAAACGCUUGGCAUUUCGACAAAACCGGGCCGGGCCUGAAAAUGGCUCAGGCCCCGGCCCGGCCCGAUUCAAAAUUUGUCUGGCCCGGCCCGGUGGCCACCCCUGCAAAAGAAAUAAAAUACAUCCGAGAAAAAUAUUUUUCGGUGGGAAAAGCUCACGAAAAAUGUUACGUCGCAGCGAUAUUACAAAUACACAGUGCAAAACCAAAAAAGGUGAGUGCACGGUGGAAUCCUUAGAUUGCGACCCAAAAUGGGGUAAAGCGACUUCGUUUUUUUUUAUUUUUUUCCGGGAAAUCUUUGGUUUAGGGGUUUACGAGGGUGCUGAUUUCCAAAAUCAUGUUUAUUUUUUUCUGGUUGUUACUUUUUUAUUAAGCGGUACUGUUAAGUAAUGAUUUUUUGAAUAUUUUCCGUUCAGCCGUCAUCCCGCGUCCCACGUCCGAUAUGAGUUCUCCGUUGCGAUGGGAAUGAGAAAGCCGAAGAAGUGCAAGGACGGCUUCGAUGUAGUGAGGCUGAAGAGCGGCAAAAAACUUGCCGUCCCAGUGAGUUUUUUGAUUGUUUGUGCUUCUUUCAUUAUUACGAAUAACGAGCUUUGUUUCAGAGGGUGAUUGAUUAUGCCGCGGCGAAGCGGAUGGUCGCCGAAGGCGAAUUCGGCGCGUUUUACGAAUACGAGUCCCAGGGAACAUCGUACUGGUACAAGUUGGAGGCAAAGCUAGGCUCCAGAUUCAAGCAACCCCUCGCCAACGAGAGCGGCGUCUACAAGCUGGUGGAGAAGUACUUCAAGAACCCAGAAAAACAGUAAGUUGGAUGCGAAUGCCACAUUUUCGGCAAAAAAUGUUUUUGUGCUGCUGGAACCGGCAAAAAUUGUUAGCUUCGCAAGCCGAAAAGAAUUGUAACAAGGAAAGUACUUCUAUGGGGUAUGAAGUUACAGGUCGAGAAAUGUAUCAAAAAAAUCGCAAAAUUUUUCUGAUUCAGAAUAUAUAAAAAUCAGCAGCUUAAUUUUGGUUUGUAAUGGUGAAAAAAUCCUCAGAACUUUUCUCGCAACACCACGCAAACUUUUAACCAAGUUUUUACCAAAUCAGAAGCUUGUUUUUGAGCUAAAGUAAAUCCUGGUAUCUUGACAAGCAUUAAAUAUCAAAUUUGAUCUAUUUAUACUACGCGUAAAGCAAUAUAAAAAAGGGGCAUUUGCGUGGUGUUUUGAGAAAAGUUCUGAGGAUUUUUUUUCACCCUUACAAACCAAAAUUAGGUAGUUAAUUUUUACAUUUUCUGAAUCAGAAAAAAAUUGCGGUUUUUUUGAUAUGGGUUUCGACCUGUAACUCCACACCCCAUAUGACGUACUUUCCUUGUAAAGCUAAACUUGGUUUUCGUGGUGGUACAAGCAAUAAUUAGCACUAAAAACGACGUACUGCGUCGGCCGUUUUCGCUGCAGGAAAAAAGCAUUUUCCGGGUGGCAAGAAGAGCGUCCCUGAUUAAAAAACUUUUAAUCCCUGUUUGUUUCAGCUUCAUGUACUAUGGCGGCAUGCUCGGAUGCUGCCAGUUCUCCGAAGGCGUCUACUGCAUGCGGGUCGAACAUUUUGGGCCAAGCGUUCGCGAGAUGCGCGGGGGACAAUUGAUGGCUCCGCCCGAGGCGAAGAAACUCUUUUUCCAGUUGCUUCACUGCAUCAGAGCGAUGAUUAAGUACGGGAUUAGCCAUCGGUACAUCAAGGAGAGUGCUUUCUACGCGAAGCAAGACGAAGACAAGUAUUGGGUGAGUCGAAGUGUAAAACACCAAUAGCGAAGAGUCUAUUCCGGUCACCGGACUCCUCAGUUUGACGUGCGAGGGUCAGUUUGUACACACUGAGGGGCUUUUCGGAAAAAAUGUUUUUAGGAGUGAGCCUAAAUUUAUGGCAUUUUUUUUUGUAGAUGAGGCCGUUUAAUACAAUUGUUUUUGCAGUUCGUAAUCACCGAUCUCGGCUAUGCGAUUAGAAUGGGCUCGGAACGCUCCGCCUUCUAUCCAAUUCCAGAACUGGCCACCACUCACAUCCACGCGAAGAAAGCGUUGAAGGUGGAAGACGCGGAGAGCUUGCUCUUCAUGAUCCUGGGCAUGAUGGCCCCACUGCCUUGGACGGGAAUGGAGGAUAUGGAGGAAAUUCGAAAGACGAAGUUGGAAUGCACUGACGAAAAGUCGAUCGCGAUGGAGUUUAAAGACAUUCCCGAAGCUGUAGAGUUGUGUCGCAUGAGGGGUCUGUAUACGGACGACGUGGCGUGCGAAAACCCGGCCGACAGCCUUAUCACUUGCUGCCUUCAGGUAUGUGGAAUUUGGGGUUAAAUUUAAUUUUUUUUUCUACCUGCGCAUCGGUGAUUAAGCGACAGCUUUUAUCCGAGUUGCCGGGGUUUAUCCUUUCUGGAGAUGGAUUUGAUUUUAUGAAAAACUCUUUCAGACCACACCGUUCGAAAAAAUGUGCUUACCAGUUCUUUUUCCAAACUCUAAUGCAAAAUUGGUGGGCACUUUCCAGUCGUAUGGCUCAUGA